AUGAUGAAAAGCUCAUCAGAUGCAGCAGAAUAUGAUAGAGCAAGUGAGGUUAAAGCUUUUGAUGAGACCAAAGCUGGAGUUAAAGGACUUGUUGAUGCUGGGAUUACUCACAUUCCUCGUUUCUUCUACAAAUCAAUAUGUGAUGACAGUCCUGUUCUAAGGGAUUCCCAGUUCAGUAUUCCAGUCAUAGACCUUGGAGGUCUCGAUGGAGAUUCACUUGAACGAAGAGAGAUUGUUGAUAGAGUAAGAGAAGCUUCUGAGAAUGGAGGGUUCUUCCAUAUUGUCAACCAUAGCAUUCCAGAGAGUGUUAUGGAAAAGAUGAAAGAUGGUGUUGGAAGAUUUUUUGAGCAAGAGACUGAGGUGAAAAAAGGGUUCUAUUCCAGAGAUUUCACUAAGCCACUGUUCUACAACACCAACAAUAGUCUGUAUACCUCUAAAUCUGCAGAUUGGAGGGAUACACUUACUUAUCGAAUGGCUCCUGAUCCUCCAAACUUAGAAGACUUGCCCCUUGUAUGCAGAGACAUACUUGUGGAGUACUCAAAACAAGUAAUGAAAGUAGGCAUUUUUCUAUUCGAGUUGAUCUCAGAGGCUCUCGGAUUGAAUCCAAAUCACCUGUAUGAUAUGGAUUGUGCGGAGGGUCAACUACUUUUAUGCAAUUACUAUCCACCGUGUCCGCAGCCAGAACUAACUAUGGGGGCAACCAAGCAUGCUGAUGCUGACUUCUUUACUGUGCUGUUUCAAGAUGACAUUGGUGGUCUUCAAGUUCUCAAUGACAAUAAGUGGAUAGAUGUUUCUGCUCAACCAGGAGCUCUAGUGGUAAACAUUGGAGAUCUUCUUCAGCUUAUAACGAAUGACAGAUUCAAAAGUGUUGAUCACAGAGUUCUAGCAAGCCAUGCAGGUCUUAGAAUAUCUAUCGCAAGCUUCUUUUGCAAUGUAAUUCCAACCUCAAAACUGUAUGGACCCAUCAAGGAGUUGUUAUCAAAAAACAACCCCUCAAAGUAUAGAGAAACCACAGUGAAGAACUAUAUUUCUCAUUUCAGGACAAAAGGCCUUGAUGGGACUAAGCCAUUGGAUCAUUUCAAGCUCACCCAAUAG